AUGGAGCAUUGGCCCGGCUUGCGAUUACCUCAGUGUGGUAAAAUUGUCGGUGCAUUUGGUGCACUCUUUUCUUCAAGCAAAUAUAUCUUGCAGCACCAAGUAAUCAACGUACUUGGAUACAUCGAUCAACUCAUUGGCUCGCGCAGUGGAGGAAAUGUCUUCGUGGUGGCGACCCUACCCUAUGGCAUGGUGAAAGCCGUUGCUGAUGUCGAUGGCCAGAACAAGCGGGAUUCUUCAACCAUGGCAGCAAUGUCACGGGCUUCUCUCACAUGCACGAUUCAGGCACUGGUGGCAAUCCCUCCCUAA